GUGAUGCGAGUAAAACGCCGCAUUACAGAGUGUAUUGUGAGCAUCAGCUUACUUUGUCAUUUUGUUGUUGCCAGCUAGACCACACAGACAUUUUUCAUAUACAUAGGUGUGAACCCUUUACACAUUCAAAUACCCUUUUUCCGGUUCUUGUGUUGUGUUGUUUCUUCUCAUCACAUAGCAACAACAACAUCACAAUCACAAGAUGGAGAAAGCUCUCACUAAAGUGGCAAGCUUGAAAAUUGGACUUGGUGAUUCAUGGAUUACUAAGAAAGCUAAAGAAGAAUUCACUAACAUCUCUCAAGACAUCAAUACUUUCUCAAGCACUGUUGAAGAGAAGGCCAAAUGGGUUUUCAACAAACUAAAAGGUAAGCCACAGAAAGGUUUACCAGAUCUCCUCAGAGAGUACAGUUUACCACUCGGGCUAUUUCCUCAAAACAUAAUCUGUUAUGAGUUUGACGAAACCAAGGGUAAGCUGAUUGUCUACUUACCAUCUGCAUGUGAGGUCAGCUUCAAGGAUUCUUCUGUACUGCGAUAUGCAACCCGAGUCAAAGGUGUUCUUACUAGGGGAAAGCUUUCAGCAAUAGAGGGAAUGAAAACAAAAGUUCUUGUAUGGGUUAAGGUGACAAGUGUGACAGUAGAGGGUUACAAAUCUGAUAAGAUUUGGGUUACUGCUGGUGUUAAGAAGUCAAGGCCAAAGGAUGCUUAUGAUACACCCCGCGAUGCUAUUAGAGUAUCAGAAUUCUGAGGUAGCGAUAUCAAUUAUCGAUGUCAUUCUAUUAGUAUGGAAUAGUUAGUCUAAUUUGUUGGAUAUGUUUACAUAGAAGGGGGUUAGGAUCAUCUUCUCUAUAUUAUAUAUAUUGGAUGUACUGCAUUUCUGGUAAUUUAUUGUUACACUGAAUGGAAGUUAAUUUGGUAAGCUCUAAUUAUGCAAUACAAAUUGAAAUCAUGCAUA